AUGGAAUCAUUAGAAAGCGGUCAAUUUGAUAGCAAAAAUGAAGUAAAUGGUGUGGAAAUGAUGUCGCAAAAUUUUGCAAAUACUAAAAAUGUUACAGAAGAGAAAAAUGAAAUGGAAAAUUUGAAUGAAAGUUUGUUUGCCAAAAUAGAAAAAUAUCUUGAUUUGAAGAAACAAUACUUCUGUUGCUGCAAUAUCAAUAUUUGGAUGUUGACUAUAGCUGCUAUCACAAUAUUUACAGCAGUUAAAACACAAAUUUUACUUCUUGUUACAGACGAUUUUACUGAUAAUAUGCCAUUACUCAUUUGGCCAUUUAUUGUUUACUUGAUCAUUAUUAACUUAUUGAUAAUUGUUUGCCUAAUUUAUUGUACCAUAAAUAUUAUUCCUUCAAAAAUUAAUGUAAUUGCAUAUUUUAUUGUAUUUUCUACGAUAAUUGGAAUUCAAUUUAUAAUGCUAUUUGAAUUAUACAUAGCUUUUCGUUGCAAAUAUCGACAUUGCAUUGAUUGA